AUAUAUAUAUGAAAAUCAUAUAGCUGAGUGAAUUUGUUUUAGCAAACUUGUAGUCGACACUUUGAGAGCUAGCACUCUGUCUAUAGCUCAAUACCCUCUCUAAAAAUGCCAUUUUUAUGCUUUUUGCACUGUAAGUUAUGUAGAUCACCAUUAGAGGCCGAAUGUAUGGACAGAUUGUGGUUUGACAUAACUCAACCGAGAAAUUUCUUUGUUUUGAUAAAAAAAUUAUAAAGAACUGAUCGAUAUCUUCACUAUGUCUUAUUCAAUAAAAUGUGAUCCUCUUCUGCUGCUUAUUGCACUCUGCUCCGGCUACAAGAUGCAGCCUUAUAUUUCUGCUCUCCGUUUGCAUUUGGAAGAAUGGUAAGAAUCAAUGUAUUGACUGAUGCUCUUAAGAGCAUGUAUAAUACUGAGAAGAGAGGCAAAAGACAAGUUACGUUCAGGCCAUCCUCUGAAGUGAUUAUCAAGUUUCUUUUGUUGAAUGGACUGUUGAACAAGUGUGGAGUUAUUAGUCCUCACUUUGAUAUUGGAGUCGAAGAGAUUGAAGGUUGGACUGCUAGAUUGCUUCCUUCAAGACAAUUUGGCUAUAUUGUGCUGACAACGUCUGCUGGCAUCAUGGAUCAUGAAAAAGCUAGGAGAAAGAAUGUUGGAGGCAAACUUCAUGCUUCUUUUAUUGAUUGGAGCUCUUAG